AUGGACGCGGCUCGGACGAUAUGGAAAUCUUGGAGGUAUGUUGGAUGCGGCACCUGCUGCGUUGCAGCGGUCUUCUUGUUCGAGAUAUUCUGGACGACAGAGAAAUUCGAUACGGAGCUCCUCGACCCGAUAAGGUCCGAGCUCCCCCCCUGGAGAUUCUUCAAAUCCACUUACGAAACGAACGAGAUCGAAGAGAGCAUCGUCGCUUCGAUCGUCAGCCGUGUAGAGAGACAGCUCGCGUCGAAGAACGAUCUGCAGAUAGAAUUCGUCGACUGCCGCCUGAGACUCUGGUUCGAGACAUCGCUCCAUUUGGUUCUCACGAGGGACCACAGGAAUUUCGCUGAUGAUGACAGCUUUGGUCACGAUCGAGACUCCCUGCACAAGCGCAGAGCGGUUUUCUUCUGCUACAACAACACCGCAGAAUUCAGUGAUCUGAACCUCGCGCAGGCUUUGAUGACAGCUGAUUCGAAACUUCCCCGCGGGAAAUCCGCCACGGACUUGCUGGUCGUCAUUGCCCGCGGUGAGCACCGGAUAUCCAUCGUCAGGAAAGAGAUACAGAUCUUCCCGAACUACUUCAAGGGAAUCAUCUUCGUGAAUGCUUCAUCUCACAUCGAAUCCUCCCCGGUGCUUACCUACAUCAUGAAUACAUUCCGCAAGAUUCCAUUCGGCUUCAAGAUAAACUUUGAAGAUUCCAAGAAGACACACCGGAUCGAUGAAUGUCUCCGUGAUUGGUUUUCCCCCGACAAUCCGAAGGCGUGUCCCCAUUUGCCCACCAAGAGGCAAAUGAUAAGGAACGCGUUGCGGUAUAGCCCUUGGGGGUAUAGAAUCCAUUUCUCCACUGACCUCGAGCCUUGCUUGAACACCUCUCAAGACUUCUUUCUUUCCAACCGUAUCGUAAGAGACCCACCCAAACUGGCAUCUUUCAAAGACAAUGACGUGACCGCUCACGGUUUCGACGAACGUGAAUCCACCUCAGAGAAUCGCGGACAUGUUUUCAAUGCAGCCACCCUCACCAUGAUGACCCUACUAGGUUUUUCAAUCUGGUUUCUGAGUGGUGCAUCAUUCACCGAUGCGUUCCUGGGUCUUCUCUGUGCAGUCUCGAGUUCUGGAAAAGUUAUUGAGAGAAUUAAAGGCAGCGUCACCAUCGCGGCUUACUCGUGGAUUCUAGGAAAUAUGUUUUUCUCCCUUUUUCUUGUGGACGAUAUGACCUCAACAAUCAGUGUGCCGGUCGGAUCGCGAGUCGCGGAAAUCGAACAGUGUUUCAUCGGGUAUCGCUAUAUCGGCCAAAAACUCUACAGAAUCAUGCCGAUCGAGAUCUUCACCGGUUUCAUCACCGUGGCAAAGGCAGAAGCAAAUUCGAAAAUAAUCGUCUGCGGCUCUCGGCUCCAAUUCGCGGAGAUGCAACGCCUUCUCAAUCUCCCCAACUCAUAUCGUAUCCGCUUACGGAAGACCGAUGUUAAAAGAGUAAUUUUCCCGAUAAUAGACAAUCGAGUUCCUGAUCUGCUCCGGCAGCUCUCGAUUGGCCUGAAGAUAUGCGAGCUUGUGCCCGGUCACGCUGACAACGGCGAAUGGAAUGAGUACGCUUUGAUACUACUUCAAUUCGACCUUAUAAAGGCUCUGCAUCGGAAAAAUCAGAGGGACGUCAUCUCUUCUACGGAAUCUUACCUCGAGAAAAGAUACGGAUGCUGCACCGACAGGAAGAAAGUCAAUAGGGAAUUUCAAACAUUCCUAAACACGCUCGGAGCGCGCGGGAACGUCUCGAAACGAUUGGGGAAUAGCUUCCCGACCGAGUUCUUGAUCGUCGCCUUCUCCAGCGGCGUAGUGUGCUUCAUAAUCGAAGCCGUCAUGAAUUCUUGCGGCGCCGCGUUCAGAUUGCCCCUGAUGUCCGACGAGGAGAUCGUCGAAGUGCGUGGUAUUGAUCUGCUGGAAGCUUCUUCGGAAGUGCAGAGACGACUACCCAGGAAGAAGAAGAGGACGAAGAAAUCCGGCAUUCAGGCCGUAGGCGGCAAAGCAAAGAAAGACAAAGAUGAAAUCAAUCUGGAAGACAUAGUUUUCGGGGGAGACCUGAAAGCGAGCGACAGUGAAGAAGAACCUGCUGAGCAAUUGAAGAAACCCAGGAUCCAUAAAAAUUCUUCAGGAUCCGACCUGGAGCUUGAGAACGAUCUCCAAGCCGAAUCCGGAGUAGCCCAGGAUGCGGCGACUGAGGAGAGAGUCCCGGCAUGGGAGGAUGACGAUGACAAUCGCUUGGUUGAAGAGGGGAAUGAUUCUAUGGACGGUCAAAAAACGAUGACAGCUCUGCUCCGCGAGAAACACGAGAAGAUAUUCUCGAGGCCUCAGUGGGCUAUCAAAGCUGAGAAGAAAACCCGAGAUGAAGAAGCUGAUGAGCUCCUCCGAAAAGCGUCGACAUACAUCGAUAAGAGUUCCUCAGGGCGACCGCUCGGGUCAGGAACUCUCGACUUCACCCGCUGCCCGCAAAUGAAUAAGUUCUGUUUCCAGCGCAGUCCGUUGUCCUCCUUGGCUUUCCACCCGUCGUCCGAGAUCGCGAUGCUGGCUCACAGAAACGGGGCGAUAACAUUCCUCAGCGUUGCUGCGAAGGAGUGUAACAAAAUUCAAAGUGUGUAUCUGAAGAACUUCGAGAUCUCCUGCGCGAAAUUGAGUUACGACGGAAUGCAAAUGAUGUGUGGCAGCGCUCGGUAUAGGACACUGCAUUGUUACGACCUCAUGAGCGGAGCACGAACCCAAGUGACGUUCCCGAAAGCUCACGAGUUGACUCACAUGAAAAAAUUCGAUGUCAGCGCCGACGGUCGUUUCAUGGCGAUUCACGGACGGUUCGGCAAUAUGUACGUAAUCUCUGCUGACACGAAGCAGCAAAUCGCAACCCUCAAGAUGAACGAAGAAGUGUCCUCUGUGUGCUUCACCAGAAAUGGUCACAUGUACUCGCAUGGAGGGAAUUACGUCUAUUUGUGGGACAUCGCCGCCAGAAGGUGCGUCCACAAGUUUCUGGACGAAGGCUGUCUGAAAGGGCGAGCGAUGGCGCUGUCCCCAGAUGAAAGCUUCAUCGCGACGGGCUGUGACAGCGGGAUCGUUAACUUAUAUGAUGCUUCAAAGUUACGCAUCGACAAUUCGCGUACCCCUCAACCGUUGAAAUCCGCCAAAAAUCUUGUGACACCAAUAACCAGUCUGGAGUUCAAUCCUUCGAAUGAGGCCAUCCUGAUGGCUUCGAAGUAUAAGCCUGAAGCUCUAAAAAUCUUGCACGUGGGAUCGCGCACGGCUUUCUCGAACUUCCCCAACGCCCAGCACAAGUUCAACUCGACAACCUGUGGCGCCUUCUCAGUAAAUGGUGGUUUCCUAGCUCUCGGCACGAGUCUAGGAGCAGCGAAUCUGGUCCGGCUGAAUCACUUCGGGAGUUAUUAGCGGCGUGAAAUUCACAGAUACGAUAAUGUAGUUUAUCCGGAUCAAUGAGAAUGCGCUGCCGGAGCGGGAUGU